AUGGCUCCCUCUUCGGUAACCGAUGCAGAGGCACAGUGGCUGGCCCAAGUGGCCGCCAUGAAGGCUGCGAUAGCCGAACUCAAGCUGCCCAGCCAGGCACCUAACGGCGACACAAACAGUAAUGCUGAUGGAAUUGAGGACGAUUUCGACCUAAGCUCUGUCAGCGGCGAGACUCACGAUGUGUGGGAUUUCAUCUCCGACUCCGAGCUGGAUGAGCUUGGCCUCGACAGCGGCGACCUGAUGGACGGAAUCGAUGCGAUCGACGAAGAGCCUCCAUAUGGGCCUCAAUGGUUUCUCGCGAGAUGUGCAGCUGUGUCGGAACACAGAGAUGGACUCCCUGCCGAGACCCUCCAGCUACAGAUCCUGGACGCCCUAAAGUCCAACCAGAGAGAAGAUGAACUGCAGUCGCUCCUGACGGACCUGGUCGGCUUUGAUGACCUAGACUUCGUCAUUGAGCUCAUAUCCCAUAGGGAUCAGAUCACUGUUGCCAUGGAGCAGGUCGAAGAGCAGGAGGCUGAGAACCAGCCUACGGGACGCCUUCUCACCAAGGCUGAGAGAGAUGCAAAUCUCCGAAGACAAGAUUUGCGUCACAAAACCGCCGCGCUUGGUCCAGCCAUGGCCAAGGAGCCGCAGUACCCUCAUGUGUACAAAAGCUUCUCUGCUGGAAACUCGUUGAACCACGCUGGCAGGAAGUACGCACUUCCUGUCGGCAGUGAGCGGCUUCAAUUUGACAAAUAUGAGGAAUACGCUAUUCCUGCAGGCAAGCCCGGGACUUUGUGGCCUGGCCAGAAGUUGGUCACGAUCAAAGAGUUGGAUGGUCUUUGUCGAAACACCUUCAAGGGCUACAAGACGCUCAAUCGGAUGCAGAGUCUUGUAUAUCCCGUGGCCUACAAGUCAAGCGAGAACAUGCUCAUUUGCGCCCCUACCGGUGCUGGUAAAACGGACGCAGCAAUGUUGACCAUCCUGCACACCGUCCGACAGUAUUUGACCCCUGAUCCAUUCGAAGACCAUACUGCAACAGAAUUUGCCGUCGACGUAGAUGACUUCAAGGUCGUCUACGUAGCCCCAAUGAAAGCACUGGCCGCUGAAAUCACAGAAAAGUUCAACAAGCGUCUGUCAUGGCUCGGCAUCCGCUGCCGCGAGUACACCGGCGACAUGCAUCUGACCAAAGCUGAAGUCGUUGCCACCCAAAUCAUAGUCACCACUCCGGAGAAAUGGGACGUUGUUACGAGAAAGGGUACUGGUGACACAGAGCUUGUCCAGAAAGUCAGGCUCCUGAUCAUCGACGAAGUGCAUAUGCUACACGACGAGCGUGGUGCCGUUCUGGAAUCACUAGUUGCUCGCACAGAGAGACAGGUUGAAAGCACACAGUCUCUGAUCCGGAUCGUCGGACUUAGUGCGACACUUCCGAAUUAUAUCGACGUGUCCGACUUCCUUAAGGUUAACAGAUACGCUGGCUUGUUUUAUUUCGAUGCCUCUUUCCGUCCAGUGCCUCUGGAGCAGCACUUCAUUGGCGUCAAAGGAAAGGCAGGAUCAAGACAGUCUAGAGAGAACAUCGAUACAGUGGCCUUCGAAAAAGUGAGAGAGAUGCUGCAACGGGGCCAUCAAGUAAUGGUUUUCGUGCACUCCCGGAAGGAUACCACGGCAACAGCGAAGAUGCUUUACGAGAAAGCAGUUGAUGACAUCUGUGUCGAUCUGUUUGACCCAUCUGAUCAUCCAAAGUACGAGGCUGCGAUCAGGGACAUGAAGUCCUGCAGGGCAAAGGAACUUCGAGAUCUUCUACCCAAGGGACUGGGCGUGCAUCACGCAGGUAUGGCACGAUCCGAUCGAAACUUGAUGGAAAGGCUUUUCUCCGAAGGCGUCCUCAAGGUGCUCUGCUGUACAGCUACUUUGGCCUGGGGUGUGAACUUGCCUGCCGCCGCUGUGGUGAUCAAAGGCACCCAAGUCUAUAGUGCCCAAGAAGGAAAGUUCGUUGAUUUGGGCAUUCUGGACGUGCUUCAGAUCUUUGGUCGUGCCGGUCGUCCGCAAUUUGAAGACACUGGUAUUGGAAUGAUCUGCACAACUCAGGACAAGCUGAGCCAUUACCUCACUGCUGUCACGGAGCAGCUUCCCAUCGAAUCGAAGUUCUCGGCCAAGCUCGUGGACAACUUGAACGCAGAAGUUGCUCUCGGGACAGUGACGUCUAUUGCAGAAGCAGUUCAGUGGAUAGGUUACUCUUAUCUUUUUGUCCGCAUGAGAAGGAACCCAAUGGCAUACGGGAUCGACUGGAAUGAGUUUCAGGACGACCCUUCACUUGUCCAACGGCGUCGUCAACUCGCGAUACAAGCUGCGAGAACUCUUCAGCAAUGCCAGAUGAUCAUCUUCAACGAGACAACAGAAGAGCUUCGCAGCAAGGACAUCGGUCGUAUCGCCAGCCAGUACUACAUUCUACACACCAGCAUCCAGAUAUUCAACACAAUGAUGCAGCCAUUUGCCACAGAGGCAGAUAUCCUGAAGAUGAUCGCAAUGAGUGGCGAGUUUGAUAACAUUCAGUCAAGAGACAACGAGAGCAAGGAGUUGUCCAGGAUGAGAGAAAACGAGCACAUUGUGCCGUGCGACGUCGACGGUGGCAUCGACCAGGCCCAGACCAAAACCAACAUUCUUCUCCAAGCCUUCAUCUCAAAAGCACAACCAGAAGAUUUUGCUCUUACCAACGAUCUUAACUACGUUGCUCAGCAGGCGGGUCGAAUUUGCCGUGCAUUGUUCAUGAUUGCCCUUAACAGAAGAUGGGGCCACGAAUGUCUGGUUCUGUUGACGUUGGCAAAGUCCAUUGAAAAACGCGUUUGGCCUUUUCAACAUCCCCUUCACCAAUUCGAGCUCUCCAAACCCAUCUUGAAUCAGCUAGACGCUAAGGAGUCUCUAACUGUCGAAGCCAUGCGCGACAUGGAGCCUGCUGAAAUAGGCAGCCUUGUGCAUAACCACGGUGCUGGCACCAAGAUUAUGAAGAUUCUCAACAACUUCCCAACUGUAAGUGUGGAAGCCGAAAUAGCACCUCUGAAUCGCGACGUGUUGAGGGUGCAGCUCUACAUCUACCCUGACUUCAAGUGGAACGACCAUGUCCAUGGCACUUCAGAGUCGUAUUACAUCUGGGUUGAGAAUUCGGAAACAUCAGAGAUCUAUCAUCAUGAAUUCUUCCUACUGAACCGUAGAAAGAUCCACGACGAUCACGAGAUGAACUUCACAAUUCCGCUGUCAGAUCCGCUUCCCAACCAGAUCUAUGUCCGGGCCGUCUCGGAUCGGUGGCUUGGAGCAGAGACGGUCACACCGGUGUCGUUCCAGCAUCUCAUCAGACCAGAUACAGAGAGCGUGUACACCGACCUCCUCAACCUCCAGCCCCUUUCAAUUUCUGCCCUCAAGAACCCUGGACUUGAAGAGAUAUACGCGCAGCGCUUUCAAUUCUUCAACCCUAUGCAGACCCAAAUCUUCCACACACUGUACAAUACCCCAGCAAAUGUCCUCCUGGGCUCACCGACGGGCAGUGGCAAGACCGUGGCAGCAGAAUUAGCCAUGUGGUGGGCGUUCCGUGAAAAGCCAGGCUCCAAGGUCGUCUACAUUGCACCCAUGAAAGCCUUGGUCCGCGAGCGCGUUAAAGACUGGGGAGUCCGACUUGCGAAACCACUCGGUUUGAAGUUGGUCGAGCUGACUGGUGACAACACACCGGAUACAAAGACCAUCAAAGACGCCGAUAUCAUUAUCACAACGCCCGAGAAGUGGGAUGGUAUCUCUCGUAGUUGGCAAACGAGAGGUUAUGUCCGUCAGGUCAGUCUGGUCAUCAUUGACGAGAUUCAUCUGCUGGCUGGGGAUCGUGGUCCUAUUCUUGAGAUCAUUGUCUCUCGUAUGAACUACAUCGCAUCGUCUAUCAAGAACUCUGUCAGACUCCUCGGAAUGUCGACUGCUUGCGCCAAUGCCACCGACCUGGGGAACUGGCUGGGCGUGAAGGAAGGCCUCUUCAACUUCAGGCACUCCGUUCGUCCUGUUCCUUUGGAACUUUACAUUGACGGAUUCCCCGAGGUCAGAGGCUUCUGUCCGUUGAUGCAGUCCAUGAACAGGCCAACGUUUUUGGCCGUCAAGAACCACAGCCCAGAUAAGCCCGUCAUAGUGUUUGUGCCUUCGCGAAGACAGACACGUCUCACUGCCAAGGACCUCAUAAACCUCUGUGGCAUGGAAGACAACCCCAGGAGGUUCCUCAAAAUGGAAGAGGAUGACCUUCAACUCAAUCUUGCUAGGGUCAAGGAUGACGCGCUGAAGGAGGCCAUCAGCUUUGGCAUUGGGCUCCAUCAUGCCGGUCUCGUCGAGUCGGAUCGACAGCUCGCUGAGGAAUUGUUCUUGAACAAUAAAAUCCAAAUCCUAAUCGCCACCAGCACGCUCGCAUGGGGUGUCAACCUUCCCGCUCACCUGGUCGUCGUCAAGGGCACUCAGUUUUACGAUGCUAAGAUUGAAGGAUACAGGGACAUGGAUCUUACUGAUGUGCUACAAAUGCUUGGUCGAGCCGGGCGGCCUCAGUUUGACAACUCGGGUGUGGCUCGAAUCUUCACCAAGGAAGCGUCCAAGGACUUUUACAAACACUUCCUGCACACCGGCUUCCCAGUCGAGUCGUCGCUGCAUACCGUGCUCGACAACCAUCUUUGCGCCGAGGUUUCUGCAGAAACGGUCAUUAGCAAGCAAGAUGCACUAGACUAUCUAACUUGGACGUUCUUCUUCCGGCGCCUUCACAAGAACCCGUCUUAUUACGGGCUCGAGAUCGCGGCAGAUGAACACAACAGCAUUGCCGCUCAGCAGCUUGCCAAUGACUUCAUGAUCGAGAUGGUCGAAAAGUCUCUCGACGAGCUUGCACAGUCCAACUGUGUGGAAGUCUAUCCUAAUGGUGAUGUCGAUCCAACGCCAAUGGGUAAGAUCAUGAGCUACUACUACCUUUCUCACAAGACUAUUCGGUACCUGGUCAAGCAUGCCAAACCGCAGGCUUCAUUCCUCGACGUCCUGACUUGGAUGUGCCGUGCGACAGAGUACGAUGAGCUGCCCGUCAGGCACAACGAGGAUCUCAUCAACGCGGAACUGUCCCGCAACCUGACUUUCCCCGGCACUUCCUUCGGCCUGCCCAUGUGGGACCCACAUGUCAAGGCCUUCCUCCUGCUCCAGGCUCACAUGUCUCGCAUCAGCCUUCCAAUCACGGAUUAUGUUGGUGACCAGACCAGCGUUCUUGACCAAGCCAUCCGUAUCAUCCAGGCAUCCAUCGAUGUGCUCACGGAAUCGGGGUAUCUCUCCAGCGUUCUGCAGAUGAUCAACGUCCUGCAGUCCGUCAAGUCCGCACGGUGGCCCACGGAGCCACCGCUGUCGAUCUUGCCAGGCGUGGACGCCGAGAAGACCAAGGUCAGGACCACGCUGCAGCAGCUUAGCGCCAUGAGCCAGGGCCAGGUGAGCAAGCUGGCCAAGGACCUGCACGUACCACAGGGCGUGCAGCAGCGUUUCCUUAAGGCCGCCUCGAUGCUGCCAAACGUCAAGGUCGCAGUCGAGGACAUCACAGCACAGUCCUUGACCGUCAGCCUGAAGCGACUCAACGCGCUGGUCGAGCGCGACGCCCACAUCUACGCGCCCAAGUUCCCAAAGCCGCAGAACGAGGGCUGGUUCGUGGUCGUCGGCGACAUGGCCAAGGACGAGGUGUACGCCAUCAAGCGCGUGGGGUGGUCGCAAGGCGCGGGCAAGUCGGCCAGCGUCGGGUCCAAGCCGUCUGCGCGGACGAGCAUCAAGGUCCCCGAGGCCAUCCAGGGAGCGGAGGCGAGCAAGCUAGACAUUUUGGUAGUCAGCGAUGGGUAUGUUGGUAUGCAAUAUCAAGUUCUUGGGGCUGAGAUCCCUGCCAAGCCUGCGGUGGAUGACGAUGUCAAACGGUCUAAGGAGAUGGCUUCGUCUUGA